AUGAGAAAAUCGAACCCUUUUUUUUAGGGUUAAUGCGUCGUUUGGCUAUUUUUCCGCUGAAUGAUUUAAAAUUUGUACUGUUCAAUUAGUUUUUUUAGAUUUUUGAUUGUCUGAGAAUCGACGAGAUUUCAAAUUUUAAGACCUGUUUGAUGCCCUUCCUACAGGAAUUUGUUCAUUUUCUGAUUUUUGCCGUGGUUGAACUUCGGAUCUCCUCUUUUUUUUUUUGAGUUCGUUUGGUGUUAGUUGAAUCAUUUUAUGGAGUUAUUAGCCAGCGAGCAUAAGAAAUUCGAACCCUUUUUUUAGGGCUGAUGCAUCGUUUGGCUAUUUUUCCGCCGAAAGAUUUAAAUUUGUACUGUUCAAUUAGCUUUUUAGCUUCCGAUUGCCUGAGAACCGACGAGAUUUCAAAUUUCAAGUCUUGUUUGAUGCGCUUCCUACAGGAAUUUGUUCAUUUUCUGAUUUUUGCCGUGGUUGAACUUCAGAUCUCCUCCAGUUUUUUUAAGUUCGCUUGGUGUUAGAAUCUUCGAUUGGAGGUCUUAUUUGGUGGAUCUGUGCUUCUACAGGCGUUGCGGUCGUGGAUCUCGAAGAGAUCGGAGCAGAUAUGAAUCACUGCGCGAUGCCGCAACAGAACGCCUUCCCCGCCCGCGAAGAGAUCCGAGCUCCCUUCGCCGAGCGGAGGCCGCCGGUCUUCUGCCCCAAGCCGCGGCGGCUAAGCCAGUUCGCUACUGCCGUUGCCGAUCCGCUCCGGACCCUUCGACGUCAUUCGAAUUACCAAAUCGACUUCUCUGAUUCGAAGGCCGGGGCAGAUCUCCUCGACAUAUUUCUCAGAAAGGGCGAAGACCAGACGCAAGUAACUUCCUCGCCGCCCUUCUUCUGCGGCUCGCCGCCGAGCCGUGCGGCGAACCCAGUGAUUCACGACGCUCGCUUCGGCGAGGAUCGCCCACCGCCACCGGCGCUCUUCCCCCCUUCCCCACUAACCCAACCCAACCCACCGAUGUCCCCCAAGCAAGGUCGUGUCCACGCAAAGUUCGGCCUGGUCCCGGCCGCCGUCCGCGUCGAGGGUUUUGACUGCCUCAACCGCCGCCGCCGGAGCCACAGCAGCAUCACUGCCGUUGCAUGAACAGAAGAGGAAGAGGAAAGGAAGAACAAAAUUAACACCAAAAGCCAAGAAUUUUCAGCCAAAGAUUGGAGCUUUGAAGGAUUUUCCAUGACCUUUCAGUUUUUCUUCCCAAUUGUACAUUUUUCCCCGUAGCAAUCAAUCUUCUUCUCCUUCUAUUUGAAGUUUUUUUCUUUUUUCUUUUCCCCCUUUUUGCUUGAUUCAUGAAAUGGGUUUCAGCCAUUGUUCUUAUGGUCCGAGGCUUCGAAGCUGUUCAUUCUUGCUGGAAAAAAAACAACAAAAAAUCUGGAUUGUAACUCGUAUCAUCCAACUCCUCAAAUAUGUAACUAUUCAAUCUGUAAAAAAAGUAUAUGCUUCUUCUUGCUUAAUGGUCAUAGUUUGUGGCUGUUUGAUGUCACCAUUGGUGCCA